CGUCUCAGAUUCUUCUCCAUCCCCACAAAAUUCCUCUCUUUAUCAUUCCUUUUUUUUUUUUUUCUGAUUGAUUUCAUCUGCCGAUAAUUUGCAGAAAAAAAAUCAAUGGCUGAAGCCACCUCCGCCCUCUGCUUCUCCACCUUUUCUGCCUCGAUUCCCUUUUCCAAGGAAUCAAUUUCCCCCCCUUCGUCUUCGUUUACUCCCCGGAGAUUCUCUUCUCAGUUCCGGCGACGCCGAUCGCCGUGCCGCGAUUUCGCCCUAAAAGCUUCCGGAUCACCUCAUUUCCUCGGCGACGAUGCUUUCGGAUUUUACCCCUGGGAAAAUUCCGACUCCGCUGAAUCAUCUAUAAAGUGGGUAGCAGAGGAUAAAGUGACAUUGUUUACAUCUGAUGGGUUGAUCCAAAUUGGUGGGAAUCUUGUUCCCCGCCGUGUUUCUUCCGAUGAUAAGAAACAAGGGAAGGCGAAAAUCUCACAAAGAUCUAAACGGUUUCAAGAAAGCAAUUACAUGGACUCAAACCAGAGCCUGUGUCUUGGUGCACUUUUUGAUAUUGCGGCAACAAACGGUCUUGAUACGAGCAGACGUCUUUGUAUCUUUGGUUUCUGUCGCUCCAUUGAGAUGCUUUGUGAUGUUGUAGAAGACACUGUCUUGGAGCAUGGUGGAGAGGUUGUGGCGGCAGAAAAGGGGAGCAAGGGGGGUUUGCACGAAAAGCUGACUAUGACUGUUGCAGUGCCGUUGCUUUGGGGGGUCCCACCAGCAUCCGAGACUCUUCGCUUUGCAGUUAAGAAUGGAGGUGGAAUUGUCGACAAGGUCUAUUGGCAAUGGCAUUUCCUGUAAAUAAAACCUUUCUGACCAUCUUCGGUUCGUUUGGUUCUUUCUCGUAAAUAUUGUUGACUGAUUUUUUAUGUAUAAAAUGUGAAAAUGUAAUCAACUCUAUGCUCCUUGUUUGUUAAUAUAAUUCUAUCACCAUUCUUGCUUU